CUUACCAAAACCAAAGGAAUUGUCUUAAUUUUCCUUGAAUCAUAUACUGGUUCCAGUUAAGUCAAAAUGAGAAUACCACAUACUAUCCCAAAGAAUGCAUAUGAGGUGUAUAAACCCUCCAGGACAACUUUGAAUCUUGUUGGCGAGGAUGCAAGACCCAUCAAAGCUGAAAAUAUCACUUGGGAUGAAGAUAUACCGCCAACUCUAGUUACAUUGUGUGUACAGAGCCUUGUACAUUCAUUCAAAGACAGGCCAGUACUAGAUUUACUGCCACCAGAAGAACUUGACCUGUUACUGGAAACAUUACCAACUGAUCUUCCUGUAAAACUUACUGUCCCACUGAUUAGAGAUGGAAUUUACUGGGAAAGAAGUGCUCGUAACCGUUGGAAAAGUAUGAAUGACGUACAUGACUAUGGAGGGUCAUGGAAGCGAUUGUAUAUAGAACGGCAUCUGCAAGAUGAAUUGGAGAUGAUGCCUGUGGAAAAUUUUGUUGGUCAGGAGGUUGCAGUGCUUGUUUCUCUGUGUUCCUCAUAUGUGCAUCGCCUACGUCUACGGCAGCUUAAGGUUGCCCGAUUGCCCCCAUUGAUGGAGGGGCCUGAUGAAUGUUCCACUGAACUUCCUCCCAUGAAUCAUAUAGAUCUUGCACUCAUCAUCAGAGGUCUUACAGAACUUGAGGAGCUGGACAUAGUUUUUGGGGAGCUGAAUUGUGGCAUGGAUUUUAAAUGGUCAUUUUUCAAGUUUGCUGUAUCUGAUUGCCAUAACAUUGGCUUAGGCAUGGAAAGCCUUCAGCACAUUACGAUUCUAAGGCUACAUCGUUGCACGUUGGAUGACAUCCGCCUUGCUGCUCUGCUACAACAUCUUGUCAACAAUAAAACACUAAUUGAAUUGGAUUUUUCACAUUGUUUGGUGGGUGAUGCAGGUGCAAUGGCUUUAGGAAAGUUGCUACAAUCUCAUCCGACACUGAAUAUUCUAAAUCUGUGUAACAAUAUGAUUGGGUCAAAGGGUGCAGAAGGUCUGGCAUAUGGCAUUUCUCAUGGUGGAAACUGUCCUCUGAAGUGCCUUAACCUGCGUCUUAAUUCAAUGAUAAAGGAUGAGGGAGUGGCAUUCCUCUGUGCAGCAUUGGCAUUGGUGGAAGAAGGACGGUUGGCGGAACUUAACUUAGCUGGAUGUACUAUUACUUCAGUUGGGGCCUUGAGUAUUGGGGAGAUGCUGGUCAAGAAUCAGAGUCUCCGAAUACUUGACCUCUCCAACAACCAACUUCAUGAGAAAGGAGGGAAAUAUCUUGAAGAUGGUCUGAAACAUAACCAGACACUCCUGCAGCUUGAUCUAAGAGUGACAGGUAUUUUAGAAGAAAAUAGUUUAAAUAUAAUGCUUGACCUACAAAAAAAUAAAGAACUACACAAGAAACAACAGAAAAAAUUACGAAAUGAAGAUUCUGACUCGGGGAGUGAAAGUGAAUAUGAGCAUGGUGUUAUGGAGUAUGAUUCAGAUCUGGAAAGUGAUGUGGAUGUUAGAGAAGAUGAAGAUAGCGCAGCUUCAGGCAGUGACCAUCAGGAUGUUAUUUUGCCCAAGUCUGGAAGAAGGUAUGUAAUCACACAGCCUAGAAUUCCUCGGAUGUCUGUUGCUAAUAUAGUAAGAGAGCAGGCAGGAGUAACUCCAGCUGGUGUUUGCCAUUCACCUGGAGAAGCGUUGAAGUUACUUCUUACGCCUGACAUCAUGGAUGUUAUAGUAAAACAUUCAAAUGAAGAGGCAGUUAGGCAAAAUGUUACUUUGACUAAUGAGAAAGAAUUAUAUGCUUUUAUAGGAAUCCUGAUACUUAUGGGGACAAAUAAGGACAAUUCUGCCAGUGUACACGAUCUUUGCUCAGACCUAAUGGGUCGGCCAGUUCACAAGGGUAUAACGGCAAGAGAACAUUUCAAGGAACUUAUUGCAAUCAUAAGGUUUGAUGACAAAAACCCAUCAACGGGUAUGCCUCCAGUAACUUUGUUGUCCUACAUAGUAAAAACGAAACCAAGUAAAAAUUUACUAAUGUUGCCAACAAAGCACCAAGAUAAAGGUACUGUUGGAGGAGAGAAGAAAAAAACUGAGAUAAAUGCAUGUUAUAAUUCCACUAAUGGUGGAAUUGAUACCAUUGAUCAAAUAGCGUGCAAAGACAUUCAAGCUAAAUGCAAUUUUAGGCUUGAGUACCAAGCCCAGAAAUAUUUUACUUCAGGACUAAGUGCAAAGAAGAGAAAAAAGAGAUAUUACGACAAAUUGCUAUUUCUUGUUUCACAUGCCAAAGGAACUGAAACUUUUUUAAACUACAAUACUCUGAGAAGUGAACCAUAA